UCCUCAGCCCCGUCUCUUCUUCUCCACUCCCCAGGCGUUAUGAUUUCAUUCCCACCGACACAAAAUCUGAGAAUUCCAAUUCUGCCCUCUGACUCCCUUCCAUCUCUCCAAACGCCCCCUAUUUCUCUACACCAAGAAUAAUCAAUUUCGUCACACGCUAAUACCAGAAGGGAGAACUCGUGACUAACGGCAUUUUCGUCAUCGGCUGAAAAGCAUAGAGCUCCGGCCAUCGAUUCGACCCUGCGUUUCUGCAAUCCCGGCCCAUGGAUCGUAAUCGGAUGUGAUGAUUUUCUAGAAUCAAUCCUUAAUUUUCAUGGGACAUAGAUGACGUGAUCAUAUGCUUCGUAGUCCACAAUGAAGCGCUAUGUAAACAUCAAUGACAAUGAUCAAGAAGAUCUUUAUUGUGACAACCGCAUAUCGAAUAGGAAAUAUACAAUAUUAAAUUUUCUCCCAAAAAAUCUAUGGGAGCAGUUCAGUCGGUUCAUGAACCAGUAUUUUUUGCUUAUUGCAUGCCUCCAGCUAUGGUCGCUUAUUACUCCUGUAAAUCCUGCAAGUACAUGGGGUCCUCUUAUCUUCAUAUUUGCAGUCUCAGCUACAAAAGAGGCGUGGGAUGACUAUAACAGAUAUCUCUCUGACAAGCAAGCAAAUGAGAAAGAAGUAUGGGUUGUAAAGCAAGGCAUAAAAAAGCAGAUUCAAGCACAAGACAUCUGUGUUGGCAACAUAGUCUGGCUCCGGGAGAACGAUGAAGUUCCUUGUGAUCUUGUUUUAGUUGGUACUUCCGACCCCCAAGGCAUCUGUUAUGUUGAGACUGCAGCCCUAGAUGGUGAAACUGAUCUGAAGACGAGGGUUAUAGCAUCUGCCUGCAUGGGGCUCAGUCCUGAACUUCUUCACAAAAUCAAGGGUGCCAUUGAAUGUCCAAAUCCAGACAAGGAUAUUAGAAGAUUUGAUGCAAAUUUGAGGUUGUUUCCUCCCUUCAUUGAUAAUGAUUUAUGCCCCUUAACCAUCAAUAAUACAUUACUUCAGUCAUGCUACCUGCGGAAUACAGAAUGGGCAUGUGGAGUAGCUGUCUAUACAGGAAAUGAAACUAAGUUAGGUAUGACCAGAGGUAUACCAGAGCCAAAACUUACUGCGGUGGAUGCAAUGAUUGACAAGUUAACUGGAGCAAUCUUUCUAUUUCAAAUAGUUGUUGUUAUUGUUCUCGGAAUAGCGGGUAAUGUCUGGAAAGAUACUGAAGCUCAAAAGCUAUGGUAUGUUCUUUACCCAAAGGAAGGACCAUGGUAUGAACUGUUGGUCAUCCCUCUACGGUUUGAGCUUUUAUGUUCAAUCAUGAUCCCGAUAUCUAUAAAGGUAUCUCUAGAUCUCGUGAAGAGUUUAUAUGCAAAGUUCAUUGAUUGGGAUGAUGAGAUGUACGAUCAUGACACCAAUACACCUUCCCAUGCAGCAAACACAGCAAUCAGUGAGGAUUUAGGACAAGUUGAGUACAUCUUGACUGAUAAAACUGGGACCCUAACGGAGAAUAGAAUGAUCUUCCGGCGAUGUUGCAUCAAUGGUACUUUCUAUGGAAAUGAAAGUGGAGAUGCUCUGAAAGAUAUGGAACUGCUCAAUGCUAUCGGUAGCAAAAGACCUGAUGUUAUUAGAUUCCUUACUGUUAUGGCAGUAUGCAAUACAGUUAUACCUCUUAGAAGCCAAAAUGGAACAAUCUGUUACAAGGCACAAUCCCAGGAUGAGGAUGCUCUUGUUCAUGCUGCUGCUCACUUGCACAUGGUUCUCUUCAAUAAAAAUGGGAAUACUCUUGAAGUCAAUUUCAAUGCUUCAGUUCUUCAAUAUGAGAUACUGGAUACUUUAGAGUUCACUUCUGAUCGAAAAAGGAUGUCAGUGGUUGUCAGAGAUUGCCAGAAUCAAAGCAUCAUCCUUUUGACAAAAGGAGCAGAUGAAGCAAUUCUUCCUAACGCAUCAUCUGGACAACAAAUUAGGACUUAUGUUGAAGCUGUGGAACAGUAUUCUCAAUUGGGAUUGCGGACACUCUGUUUGGCUUGGCGUGAAUUGAAUGAAGAUGAAUAUAGAGAAUGGUCUUUGUUGUUUAAAGAGGCAAACAGUACAUUGGUUGAUAGGGAGUGGAAGCUAGCUGAGGUCUGUCAAAGGUUGGAGAAUGACCUUGAAAUCCUUGGGAUCACUGCAAUUGAGGAUCGUCUGCAGGAUGGAGUUCCAGAAACUAUUGAGACACUUAGAAAGGCAGGGAUCAAUUUUUGGAUGCUGACUGGUGAUAAACAAAAUACAGCCAUUCAAAUCGCACUUUCAUGCAACUUCAUUUCUCCAGAACCAAAAGGCCAACUUCUGUUGAUCAAUGGGAAAAAUGAAGAUGAAGUUUCUAGAAGCUUGGAGAGAGUCUUAUGCACAAUGAGGAUAACUUCUUCAGAACCUAAGGAUGUAGCAUUUGUCAUCGAUGGUUGGGCACUUGAAAUUGCACUUAAACAUCAUCAGAAAAAAUUUACAGAAUUAGCAACAUUGUCAAGGACAGCUAUCUGUUGCCGUGUCACGCCAUCCCAAAAAGCUCAACUCGUGGAACUCUUGAAGUCACGUGAGUACAGGACAUUGGCAAUCGGCGAUGGUGGAAAUGAUGUGAGGAUGAUACAACAGGCUGACAUAGGGGUGGGCAUCAGUGGGAGAGAAGGACUGCAGGCGGCAAGGGCAGCUGAUUAUAGCAUAGGGAAGUUUAAAUUUCUGAAGAGAUUGAUACUCGUUCAUGGACGGUAUUCAUACAACCGUACAGCAUUCCUGUCCCAGUAUUCCUUCUACAAGUCGUUAUUGAUAUGCUUUAUACAGAUCUUUUUCUCUUUUAUUUCAGGUGUCUCUGGUACAAGCCUGUUCAACUCCGUCAGUCUGAUGGCUUAUAACGUUUUCUACACAAGUGUCCCUGUUCUAGUGAGCAUCCUUGACAAAGAUCUUAGCGAAAGAACUGUUAUGCAACACCCACAAAUACUAUUUUAUUGCCAAACCGGAAGGCUUUUGAACCCGAGCACAUUUGCUGGAUGGUUUGGGCGGUCUUUAUUCCAUGCUCUCAUUGUAUUCCUAAUCAGCAUCAAUGUGUAUAACGAUGAGAGAAGUGAAAAGGAAGAGCUUUCAAUGGUUGCCCUCUCUGGAUGUAUUUGGUUGCAAGCUUUUGUCAUGGUAGUGGAGACAAAUUCCUUCACGGUAUUGCAACACCUCGCAAUAUGGGGGAAUUUGGCUGCCUUCUACGUCAUCAACUGCAUCAUUAGCACCCUGCCAUCGGCCGGAAUGUACACUAUAAUGUUCCGUCUUUGCAGACAACCGUCUUAUUGGAUAACGAUGUUUCUCAUAGUUGCUGCAGGGAUGGGGCCUGUCGUCGCUGUAAAGUACUUCCGUUACACGUACAGAUCAAGUGCCAUCAACAAACUUCAGCAGGCAGAACGUUUGGGUGGGCCCAUUGUGUCUCUGGGCAACGUUGAGCCACAGUUAAAGUCCAUGGAGAAGGACGUUGCUUUGCUGUCUAUAUCACAGCCAAAUAGCAGAAACCCAGUGUACGAACCAUUACUGUCUGAUUCUCUAACUUCAAGCAGAAGAUCUUUGGGGCCAGCAACACCAUUUGAUUUCUUUCCCACUCAGUCAAGACUCUCUUCAACUUAUUCAAGAAAUUGUUCAGAUAAAAUGGAGACAAUGGAGGCAGAUGAAGUCUCUGUUGCGAUGGACAAGCUACAGUCUCAAAAUGAAAUACUGUAGCUGUGACUGUCGACAUUUUAGAGCCUAGAUCAAGAGAUGCAUGGCACUCUCCGCAGCUGCGGACGAGGAGCACCAGCGAAAUUAUGAAGAGCGUUGGUCAUGUCUUUUUCUCUUCCUCCAUGCUACCAUCCUGCACUAUAUUCUAUCUGUAUGUUACGAUCCCAAGGGUUUAAUAGCUUAACUUUACACGUUCCAUCAGCGCUGGGGUUUUUGGCAUAUUAUUUAGGUUCUUAACAAUUGAUAUCAGAGCCAACACCACUAU